AACUGGCCACCAGAAUAAUUCAUUCGCUCUACCUUCCCCGCCGCACCUCCCACUCCUCUUUUUGUAGCAGUCCUUUCUCUCCGAAAAUCUCAGGUUACUUGGCUGGGGAGUUCUCCGACCUCCCCGUCCCUGCCCAGUCCUCCGCCUCCAAUCCGUACGAGACUCUCAGCCCCAGCAAUUGGAUUGGGCAGCCUGUCUUGACACAGCACUGUGCUGAGUGCUUGAGGACGUGUUUCAACAGAUGGUUGGGGUUAGUGUGUGUCAUCACAUUCGAGUGGGGAUUAAGAGAAGGAAGGCUGCCUGCUGGAGCUGUGUGGUCUUCUCCAAGUGAGAGUGCAGGCAAAUCCAAGUACUUGGCUUUGGGGAAGAGGAGGAGGAAUUCAUUUGCAGCAGCCACAAGAAACGCUGUAUUUUCAGAGACUGAGAAACUAUAUACCUGCACUGUGAAAGAACCUGGCCCUAGAGGGAUUGCGAAUUCCGUAGAAGACUCCAACCUGGUCCUUACCCUUUGCAGGUGCUGAGGGCCAGUCACCAUCAGCCUGAGAAGGUGAAUUUGGCAAGUGACAUGAAGAUUCUUCAUUGCAGGGAAGUGUCAAAGCUCAUUGAUGUCCUGUCUCCUGGAAGCCUCUACUUGAAAGGGUUCUGUACACACUGGAGAAGGACUCCAUCUGCAGAUGUUCUGAAAGUCUUUGAGUCUAGAAAUUGAUUAUUCACCCAGGAUACCUAAUUCAAGCUCCCAGAACUCAGCUGACCAAGGAGUUUUGUCGACUUUGCAACUUUGGACCAAGCACAAUGAAGUAUUCCUGCUGGGCUCUGCUGCUGGCUGUGCUGGGCGCAGAGCUACUGGGAAGCCUGUGUUCCACUGUGCGGUCCCAGAGGUUCCGGGGAAGGAUACAGCAGGAACGAAAAAACAUCAGGCCCAAUAUUAUCCUUGUGCUCACCGAUGACCAGGACGUGGAGCUGGGUUCCCUGCAAGUCAUGAACAAGACGAGAAAGAUCAUGGAACAUGGUGGGGCCACCUUCACCAAUGCCUUUGUGACCACGCCCAUGUGCUGUCCAUCACGCUCGUCCAUGCUCACUGGCAAGUACGUGCAUAACCACAAUGUCUACACCAACAAUGAGAACUGUUCUUCUCCCUCGUGGCAGGCCAUGCACGAGCCUCGGACCUUUGCCGUGUAUCUCAACAACACCGGCUACAGAACAGCCUUUUUUGGAAAAUACCUCAAUGAAUACAAUGGCAGCUACAUCCCUCCUGGAUGGCGAGAAUGGCUCGGAUUAAUCAAGAAUUCUCGUUUCUAUAAUUACACUGUUUGUCGCAAUGGCAUCAAGGAGAAACAUGGAUUUGAUUAUGCGAAGGAUUACUUCACAGACUUAAUCACUAACGAGAGCAUUAAUUACUUCAAAAUGUCUAAGAGAAUGUAUCCCCAUAGGCCCAUUAUGAUGGUGAUCAGCCACGCAGCGCCACAUGGCCCUGAAGACUCUGCCCCACAGUUUUCAAAACUCUACCCCAAUGCUUCCCAACACAUAACUCCAAGCUAUAACUAUGCACCAAACAUGGACAAACACUGGAUCAUGCAGUACACAGGGCCCAUGCUGCCUAUCCACAUGGAGUUCACCAACAUCCUCCAACGCAAGCGACUCCAGACGCUGAUGUCAGUUGAUGACUCUGUCGAGAGGCUAUACAACAUGCUUGUGGAGACGGGAGAGCUGGACAACACUUACAUCAUCUACACUGCGGACCAUGGGUACCACAUUGGACAAUUUGGGCUGGUCAAGGGAAAGUCCAUGCCCUAUGACUUUGACAUCCGUGUGCCUUUCUUCAUUCGUGGUCCGAGCAUAGAACCAGGGUCGAUAGUCCCACAGAUUGUUCUGAACAUCGACCUAGCUCCUACCAUUCUGGAUAUUGCUGGGCUCGACACUCCUUCUGAUGUGGAUGGCAAAUCUGUCCUCAAACUUCUAGACCUGGAAAAGCCGGGUAACAGGUUUCGUACAAACAAGAAGGCCAAAAUCUGGCGUGAUACAUUCCUAGUGGAAAGAGGGAAAUUUUUACGAAAGAAGGAGGAAUCCAGCAAGAAUAUUCAACAGUCAAAUCACUUGCCCAAAUAUGAGAGAGUCAAGGAACUGUGCCAACAGGCCAGGUAUCAGACAGCCUGUGAACAGCCUGGGCAGAACUGGCAGUGCAUCGAGGACACAUCCGGCAAGCUUCGAAUCCACAAGUGUAAGGGACCCAGCGACCUGCUCACUGUCCGUCAAAAUGCACGCAACCUCUACUCUCGCGGGUUGCAUGACAAAGACAAAGAGUGCCUUUGUAGGGACUCUGGUUAUCGCUCGAGCAGAAGCCAGAGACAGAAUCAAAGGCAGUUCCUGAAGAACCAGGGAACACCAAAGUAUAAGCCCAGAUUUGUGCACACCCGGCAGACUCGGUCCCUGUCCGUUGAAUUCGAAGGUGAAAUAUAUGACAUCAAUCUGGAAGAAGAAGAAUUGCAAGUGUUACCACCAAGGAGCAUUGCUAAGCGCCAUGAUGAGGGUCACCAGGGCUUCAGAGGCCACCAGGCUGCUCCUGGUGACAUCAGGAGUGAGAUGCUGGCAGGCAGCCACAAUGCUGUGGGGUUACCCGCUACUGUCCGGGUGACACACAAAUGCUUUAUUCUUCCAAAUGACACAAUCCAUUGUGAGAGAGAGCUGUACCAGUCCGCCAGAGCGUGGAAGGACCAUAAGGCCUACAUCGAUAAAGAGAUUGAAGUUCUACAAGAUAAAAUUAAGAAUUUAAGGGAAGUGAGGGGACACCUAAAGAAAAGGAAGCCUGAGGAGUGUAGCUGUGGUGACCAGAGCUAUUACAACAAAGAGAAAGGUGUCAAGCGACAAGAGAGGCUAAAGAGUCACCUUCACCCCUUCAAGGAGGCUGCUGCCCAGGAGGUGGACAGCAAACUGCAGCUCUUCAAGGAGCAUCGUAGGAGGAAGAAGGAGAGGAAGGAGAGGAGGCGUCAGAGGAAGGGAGAGGAGUGUAGCCUCCCUGGCCUCACCUGCUUCACCCACGACAACAACCACUGGCAGACUGCCCCGUUCUGGAACCUGGGAUCUUUCUGUGCAUGCACAAGUUCCAAUAACAACACCUACUGGUGUUUGCGCACAGUCAACGAGACACACAAUUUCCUGUUUUGUGAGUUUGCUACUGGCUUUCUGGAGUAUUUCGACAUGAAUACGGAUCCUUACCAGCUCACAAAUACAAUCCACGCAGUAGAACGGGGCAUCUUAAACCAGCUGCACCUACAGCUGAUGGAGCUCCGGAGCUGCCAAGGGUAUAAACAGUGCAACCCAAGACCCAAGAGCCUGGACAUUGGAGCUAAAGAAGGAGGAAACUAUGACCCGCACAGAGGACGACUAUGGGAGGGAUGGGAAGGUUAGUCGGUCCAGUGUCUCUUCAGACACCAACUGGCAAGGCCUAGAGGAGUUAUCCAGUGUGAAGGAUAUCGAUGAGUACAGAUCUUACCCUAGACUGAGUCUGGAGGACUGGACUAAUUACCUGACGGCUGCCCCCAGAGCUUUUGCACUGCUGAACACUCACCCUGAUUCAAGCAAAGCAAACUGGACUCCAACCGCACAAAGUGGCUUCCCGGUCACCUCUGCUGAGCUCUUGGUACCAGCAGAGAUGACUUCUGCAGAGUCAGGUGAAGACCCAAGUCAUGUGAUUGGGGAAACACCUCCUUUGACCUUGCCAGCCAACCUCCAAACCCUGCAUCCGAACAGACCAACAUUAAUUCCGGAGAGAAAACUUGAAUGGAAUAAUGACAUUCCAGAAGUGAAUCAUUUGAAUUCUGAACACUGGAGAAAAACUGAGAAGCAGCUAGGUUGGGAGGAGACUCGCCAUCCUGAAGGUGAUGUCAGUGGCAACGGUAUGACAGAGCUGCUGCUCCAGUCUCAGCUUGGGCAGCAGGCCAUCAGUCCGCACCAACAAAAACAUUCCCAGGAUGUGGAGCCAGCACUCCGGUUCAUCGGGUGUUCGAUGUGUCCUGCAGUGGAGCAGCCUCUUCACUCCAGCCACACGCAGAGAAUGUUGACCAAGAUGGAGGGGAGUGGUACAAUGGAGUGGGUACCAUUCCACAAAUCCUGAAGGCAGUACGCCCUCUCCAGUCACCUCUGCUUAGAUUAAAUGUUGCCUAACAUGAUAUUUCUUUCCAUGUUUUGAUUAGUAAACUAGUGGUGGCAGUCAUGACUCCCAACAUGCUGAGCUCCCCUGGAUACACUUGCACAGUAGAAAUUCAUGUGCACAUGUGCGGGCGAUGCUCACACACAGACUCAUUAUAAUUCGCUAUUUUACCAAGAAGGGAGAGUUGAGGGCACAUUUUCUGUUUUGAGGCUUUGUUUUUGGUACUAAAACAGUAUUAUCUUUUGAAUAUUGUAAGGACAUAAGUAUAUAAAGUCUAUCCAGUCAAGAUGGCUAGAAUUGUGCCUUUGUAAGUUUUAAAAGCUUGAUGCCCUUGGUGACUCUGUCAACGUAUCUUCCCUGCCGACAGAAUGAAGUUUGAACUUGUUUCUAACCACUGCAACUUUUCAACAUCAUCAUCUUUGGUUCAAUGAUUUUGCACUUUGAGUUUGGAAUACUGUGCCUGCUUUGUUGGUAGUGUUAUUAUUUUUCUUUUAAACAGGCCUAUCAGAGUCACACACUUUGUCCUAGGAAAGACAAAGGAAUAGACCCCGGCAAGGACACACAGUAUGGGUCACAUAUUGUUUAACCUAUGCUUUCCCCAGAAAGCAUUGCAUGUAUUUUACCUUGACGUGCUAAACUUAAUUAGCAGAAAGGUAUGGCUCACAAUUUUGGUGACAAAAAAUAGGUCCUGAGGGAAUAAGCAAUAAAUAAAACAAGAAUGACCUGCUCUCUCUGUGCUCACUAGGUAGCCAUUCACACUGCUAACGCUCAGUGGCCCUCUCUCUGUGCUCACUAGAUAGAUAGCCGUCCACACUGCUAACGCUCAGUGGCCCUCUUGAAAGAAGGGACAGGACAAAGGCUGUUUUAUUUCAACCUUCCUCUUUUUUUUCUUGGUUUCAUGAAUGAGCUUAAGCAUUGGAAAAAUACAUGUAGUUUUAUCUUUCUCUAAGACAAUGUUGAUAAACUAAAAUCUGGUGCACUCUAAGUAAAGUCUACGUGCACCAGAACAGAGGCUAGCUUCAUAAACAUUGUGUUACGUGAACAUUUUUAAAACUCUCACCAAGCUCUGGUUUUCUAAAAGACAGUUCAAAACUACUUUUGAAAAUCUGUAUUCUUGAGCUCACCCUGUUUCUGUUGGCCUUUUAGAGACCAGUCGAAGGAUUACCUCAUUGAGACUUUUCAGUGUCUUCUUCAACCUCACAAGGUCUUGCUGUUGUUGUUUAGCUUGACGGUGGCUUUGUUUUUCCUUCUAGAUAAUUCAAACAUGUAGAUAAGUUAUAUUUUUCUUUAAGUGUUUAAACUAAACACUUUUCAAGGAAACUUAAUGUGGUAUAGUUGAGUCUUUGCUGAUUUGAAGUUACCAUAGAGUCUGUACAUAUACAUAUGUUAAGCCUAACUAGCCAUUCAUCAGAUGCAGAUGUCACCUGCUGAAUGACAGAGUAAACAUAUUUAUGGUCCUGACUGAUGUGCUUUGUAAAGAGAUUAAGAUAUUAGGAAGCAUACUGUGCUCUUUUUUAAUCCUAUGUAAUAUUCUGUAAUACUUUUUAUAAAACAAUUCUGGCUUCAGGAAAGUCUAGAAGCAACAUUUCUGGAAAUAAAAGGUGUUGAAACUUG